AGUUCUAUAGAAUUGUUCUACGAUUAAAAGCAUGUGGCUUCAAUUAAAAGUUAAUUGUUUAAUGAAAUUCUUAUUAUUGUUGUUGGUAUAUUUACCCAGCAUACAAAGUAAUUGUGUCAUAGAAUAUCCCCGUGAUGAAAAAACUAUACCGAAGUAUGAAAAAUCGUUUGGAAAAUAUAAACUGCGAGUGCCUUACAAUGGAAAUCCUAUAAAGUUGUCGGAAGGUGAAACGAUUAAAGGAUUUUGUGAUACAUAUUUUAGUCCCAUCAACUAUAAGAUAACAGAAAAAUCUACUUCAUAUGAUUAUCAUUAUGGAUACAGGGAUGUGGUUAUAGAUAAAUCAAUUUUUAAUCAGUCUACGAUUGUCUUAGAAUGCCAUAAUCACAAAUUGGUUUAUAAUGAUAUAGAACUUUCAGAGCAAACGUUUUCAUGUAUACCUCACGAAUGGACAAUCUACUCUACGAAACAACCAUACAGUUGGUGUCAAAACAAUCAGAAUUCUAGUACAUUUUUAUUGGGUACGCAACAAUCAACUGGUAAUUAUAUAUUAGCUGCGAUUUGCUAUAAUUUGGAACAAAUGUCAUUACAAACUGUCGUUUAUAAUGUGACAAAUAAUGUACGUGGUAAUCAUAUGAAGCAACCAAUGAAUUUACAAACAACAAAUACGUAUCCCAAGGAGAAUGUAGACGAAAAUCUUCAGAACUUUAAAACUGCCACACUUUCAGAUUUAAGUGAGGAGCUAUUGCAGGAAAAAUUAACUGAAUUAACUGAAAUUGAUGAAUGGCUGAAUCUUGCAAAUUAUGAAAUUUCUUCAAUUGUACAGGAUGAAACAUUAAAGGAAUAUUUUAAGGAAUAUGACAAUAUAUUAAAGACAGUUUGGUGGCGUAAUCUACGUCUAGGUAAUUGGAAACGUUUUCAGAAAACAUUGGCGAAUUAUGCUAAAUAUAAUAAGUUUGAAAUAUAUACUGGUACAUCGGGUGUAGCACAAUAUCCGUCUGAGGAUAGGUGGUAUAAAGAGAAACCAUUGGAAAUGACAAUUGGUUUUAAAAAUGAGACUAUACCCGCCUAUAUAUGGAGCUAUUUGAAAUCGUAUGAUAAUGUAAACAAAGAAUUUAUAAUUUUUGCUUAUAAUUCACCCUAUACUGAGUAUUUCACCACUGAGAAGGUAAUAUUUUGUCCCGAUAUCUGUGCGGAUAUUCCUUGGUUGGAUGAAAUCUAUCCCUCGUUUCGUUAUGCAUUUGCCGGCACUAUGUUCUGUUGUUCUACCGAUUAUAUAAGACAAACCAAUAAUUUGCCAGGAUUUCCCAUGGAGAUUUUGAUGGCUGCACAAAUUGAAACAACAAUUUCGUCAGUUGAGACAACAACUUUGCAAGUAGAGACAACAACUUCGCAAGUGGAAACAACAACAUUAGAAUUGUCUACCGACAUUUAUUAAACUUAAUCUUUGAAAUUUAUAAUGUAAAAUUUAUAAAUUACUUUAAAGAAAAAAAAUCGUAAAACAAUCCUCUUUAGCUCCCCUACAAAAAAAAUUAAGUUCAUAACUGACAUAAAAAUACUAUUCGUUGUAAACAAGGUUUAUAAGAACGAAAAUCUCUCUAACAUAAUUGCAUCAAUCGGGGAAAACCCCAAGUUUGAAUAAAUAUUGACUAUAUGCAAAAAUAA